AUGCCACCGCACCAGCCUUAUGACUGCCCCAUUGACUUGGUACCAGAUGCGAAGCUCCCUGCGGGUCGCCUGUACUCCAUGUCCGAGCCAGAGUUGGCCGCAUUGAGGGACUUUCUGAACAAGAACCUCACCUGGGGUUUUAUCCGGCCCUCAUCAUCGCCACUGUCUUCCCCAGUCUUGUUCAUCAAAAAGAAGAUCGGGGAUCUGAGACUCUAUUGCGAUUAUCAUCGCCUGAAUGCCAUCACGGUGCACAACUGUUACCCGCUGCCCCUGAUUCCCGAGUUAUUGGAGCGGCUCCUGGAGGUGACGGUGUUCACGAAAAUGGACUUGCGUGGCGCUUAUAAACUGGUCCGAAUCUGGGCAGGGGACGAAUGGAAGACGGCCUUCGGCACCCGGUACGGACAUGUCAAAUACAUGGUUAUGCCGUUCGGUUUGACCAAUGCUCCGGCAGUCUUCCAGCACUUCAUGAAUGAUAUCUUCCAGGACCUCUUGGAUCAGAAAAUGAUUCCAUCUCAAGAAAGAAAGGAGUGUGGUUAUCAAGGGAUCACACGCAAAAGGUGCAAACGGAUUGGAUGCUGCUUUGAUCUAAAGGCAUACUGGUGUUUUCAUCCCCCAGUAAAUAAUGUUUCUCAACACUGUGUAAUGGAAGGGAGUGCGAGGCUAGAAUGUGGUUACCCAGGCAUCACCGCUGAGGAAUGUCAAGCAAAGGGAUGUUGCUUCAAUUCAUAUGACAUUAAUACCCGGUGGUGCUUUCAUCCUCUGUCGGACACAGUACCUGCAAGGCUAUGUGGAAUGGCACCCAAGAAACGAAUGUCGUGUGGAGCUCCUGGCAUUUCUGCUGAUGAAUGCAUGGCGAAAGGAUGCUGCUAUGAACAUUACCAGUAUGCCAACAUGGUUCCCUGGUGUUUCCAUCCACAUGAAAAACAAGGAAAUUAUUCUCUCUAUUCUGACUUCAUUUUCAAAACAGAUAGGAAGGUAUGUCCUACAGAUGUGAAAUUCCGGAAGAACUGUGGCUACCCCGGAAUUCCUGCCAAUGAAUGUGCAAUGAGAAAGUGCUGUUUUGAGAGCAAACCACGUGGUGUCCCAUGGUGCUUUUUUCAUAUCAGUGUGGAAGAGGAGUGUUAAAAUGAUGCUUCAGGAAGAACUCUCACAAAGAGCAUGCCUUCGACAAAACUAUUCAAGCACAAUGUUAUCCCAUGUGGUGUACUAAUUUUGGCUUCCAUGAUACAUUAAUGCAUCUUUAUAAUAGUUAAUUACAGAUUUUGUCACUUCUUUACAUCUGCUAAAGGCAAUUGUGAUGAAAAAAAAGAAAUGCAUUUAUCUUUAUGAAUGCAUUAUAAAUUUGCCUCUUGUGCUGAUAUCCAGAUAGUAACCUACACAUGCGAUAUUAGCUUUUUGUAAUUGAAAAUUUCAUUUUUGAGGUGCUCCUGUGAUUAGAAAUAUACUAUCUGAAUAAUAUGCUAUUAAAUCAUGCAAAACAAAUUGAACAUAACUGUUUGUGCGAAUAGAAAAUCUUGUUUGCUUUAUAAGCUUUACUAUAAAUCCUUGUUAAUAAUAAAAAGCUUCGGACAUCUUACGUAACAGAAUGAA